AAAAAAUGGCGGAUGACAAGGAUCCUCUGAGACAGUUAAAGGAUCUAACUCGGCUUAAAAAUCAGCUGGAGGCGAUUCAGAGGAGAGUGGAGACCGAGGUAUCCGCAGAAUUUCCCCAGGGAAGCACGGUGUUGGGAUCACCCUUCCUGAAGGGCUUUUUGGUCGGCUAUGUGGUGGCAAAGCUUCGCUCCUUCGGCCUUCCUGGGAGUGCUGCUGGGAACUGCCACUGGCAUUUACGCAGCCCAGAGCUAUCAGGUGCCUAACAUUGAAAGGACCGUUAAAGAUUACAUGAGCACAAUGAAAAAGGGACCAAAGUAAAUUGGGCUGACGUUCACUAAAUGAGGAAGUGCUCUUGGAGGUACUGGUCCACAGCAGACUGGAGUUGAACUUUUCUGAGUAAGGAGGAUUAUGGAUUCAUUCUUUUGACUGGAAUUCCACUUGGGACCUAAAGAGAGAAACUUUAUUUGCUUUUACUUUUGCUUUGGGUUCAGUUUGAUCCUUCUUUAAUUUCUACUGUCCACUGUUAACACAUUGCACCUGCAUGACGUUGUGCCUACAAGGCUUAGGGCUUAACUAAAGCAGCUAUAUUUAUAUUAAGGCCUUUGGAUUUUAAUAUAGAAAACAGGCAGAAACUUUCCCCACCUCAUGUACCCCACAACUUUACUGUUCUGUUCAAAAUAAUCACAAUUUAGUCUUAGAAUGUGUUGGAAAUAAUAGUUAAAGAAAACUGAUUGAAUUGUUUUAUUUUUUUUGCACUGAAGUUAUCCUCUGUACUUGUUGAAGCUGGUGUUUGUUUUGUGUCAUUUAAAAUGAUUGUAAUCAAGAACGUGGGGUCUCAAUCCCCGGUCAGGACUAAGAGACAGCGGGCGAACAGGAUCAAGUGGGGCUUCCUGUUGGGCCUGAUGGUGUUCAUCUAUGGUUCUCAUGCGCCGCUUAUCACUCUCACCAAAGUAGACGGUCAAGUCCCAUUCAACGCCGCCUCCUGCGUCCUCAUGAUUGAGCUGGCCAAGCUGCUCAUCUCCCUGCUGAGCCUCGUUUUCACAGGCUCCACGUCCAUACCGCGGUCUCCCCCACGUCUCAUUGCCCCUUACGCGAUCCCCGCUGUGCUGUACACCUUAAACAACAACCUGGUUGUCAUCAUGCAGGCCUACAUGGACCCAAGCUCAUUUCAAAUACUCUCUAAUCUGAAAAUAGCUUCGACCGCUCUGCUGUACUCCGCCUGUCUGGGGAAGAGGCUGCGGUCUAAGCAGUGGUUCGCCCUGGGGCUCCUCAUGGCUGCGGGGGGCUUCCACAGCUACAGCAGCCUGGAUCUACAAGGCCCUGAGACGAUUGAUGUCGAUGAAGGUCCCAGGCUUCACAUCACUGCUUGGGGACUUUUCCUUGUGCUGGUUUACGCCGGUGUGUCGGGGCUGGCAGCAGUUUACACAGAGAGGGUGCUGAAGAGCCAAAGGUUGCCCCUCAGCGUACAGAACCUCUACCUCUAUAUGUUUGGAGUGGCAAUCAACGGGGUGUCCUCUCUCUCCUCCAUAGGAAGUGACCAAGGGUUUCUGGAGGGCUACUCGGGGGUGGUGUGGGCUAUCAUCGCAGGACAGGCAGCAAAUGGACUUCUGAUGUCUGUGGUGCUCAAACACGGUAGCGGCAUCACCAGACUGUUUGUCAUUUCCUGCUCCAUGCUGGUUAAUGCACUGUUGUCCUGGGCCAUCUUAGGCUUACACCUCACUGCUUUGUUUCCUCUACCUUGUACUCUGAUUGGAUUGGCAGCUUACCUUUAUUACGGAUAGCAGAGGGUUCAUUAGAGACCUGCGUGUUUGGCUUCAGAGGAGCUUCAAACAAAGGCUGCCAGUUGUGGUCCUUAACGUUUGAGAUUAUUUUACUGGUACUGUGCAAUUUAAAAGUAUCCAUUUCUCUCGAACACAUUUUAUCAAAUGAGUGAAGUGAGUGGAAAACGAUGUAAUGUUAUUAUACACAUAAAAUAUGAAAGGUAGGACUUUUGUUUGAAACGUGAUUCAAUAAAUGAAUCACGUUUUGGGGCAGCUGCAGAUCUUUUGGGGUUAUCAAGCAGUGCUACAUCUAGAAACACUUUUACUCUUCUCUAGUUGAAACUCACUCAGAUCAGAAGCAGAGCUUGCCACAAAUUAGGUCUGGACUUUCACUGGACCGUUAUAACAUGUGCAUUUGUAGAACAGUGUUAUGCAUAGGUUUGAGAUUUUAGUCCAGCUGGGAACCUCCUCUUCAGUCUCAGGUAUUGUAAAGCCUCUGACAGGCCUGGUACGUUAUCUAAUUCCAUUUCAUUUUCACAAAAACUCUAACCAUCAUCCCUGCUCCUCCUAAAGCAUCACCAACAGUGUGGGUUACCAUGAGGAUCUUGUUUUAAAGCUGAUGUGCAAUCAUGGUGUUUGGCAAAUAAUUUUAUUUAACCAAAGCACCUUAAACAUGUUUGCUCUCUCUCCCAAGUGGCUUAUGUUAUACUUCGUAUAACUUUAUUUCAACAAUGACUCCUUCUGAAACUCUCUUGUAAAAUGGCCUGAUUUGCAAAGUGCAUGACAAAUCCUUUUAAUAGGUUGUUGCACCUGAGCUAUGGAUCCCUAUAGCUCCUCCAGAGUUACAAUGGGAUUCUUGACUGCUUUCCUGAUCAAAGUUCUGCUCCAUCAGACUUCCAAAACUUUAAUCUUCACACCGAGGUUGGUCCAUUGCUUAAAAUCCUAAUAAAAUACAGACAUUGAAGCUGACGUGUGAAAAAAUGUGGAGCAUCUUAAGGGAUAUAAGCACUUUUGCUGUCAUUGUCUGGUUUGUGUUUUAUUUAGCCUUUAUGUUAUCUGCCUUCUAAAACUGAACUCCUUUAGUCCUUUACUUUAUUUACUGCAGAUGCAGACGUGUUAUCACUUAUACAUUUGAGAAGUGUCUCAAAGAACGAGCUGGCAAAAUGAAUCAAAUGUUGGGUUUUGUUUGCUACACAGUUACAUUGUUGCAGAGACAUGCUGCAAGCAUCCAUAAUCAUAAACCAAAUCAUCUUUAAAGCACAACAUCGGGGAUAAAAUGUUACAUGUGGCGUUUAUGACCAAUAAAGUUUCUGAACCAUUUACCAACA